UUUUUUUUUACGAUACCGAUGUCUCACUUAUAUCAAAGUGAAGGUUUUCCUCAUAUUGUUCAAUCUGGUCGAAACACGGAACUCCAAAACUUAUCCUCUCCCAAUCAAAAUCGAAGUCUGGCAUCAAGGCACGCAAGUAAUACUCUACAACUUGAUAGCAAGGACACUGAAAUUAACAAACAAACAAUGAUGGAACAUACUGGAACUACUAUAAAUUCAGGUACCAAACGACCACCAUUAGAACAAGACAAUGUGAUAGUCCGUAACCCAAAACGGAAACAACCACUCAAGGUAGUUUUGAAACGGGAAGUCGCCACCAACCAUACCCCUUGUACUUCGUUACCUCUUCUUCCUCAAGUUAUCCGUCCAUCAUCUAGCACAAAUUAUACUCGAUCCAUCCAAAAUUUACCCACGACACAACAACAACAAAAUGGUACAAUCUCACCUCCUCUCCAACCACGCUGGAAUAGUCAAUCCUCUAUGCUGUUUUUGGCCCUCAAGCAACAUCCAGAUCACGCAAUGCCUCGAAUAAACCUAAUUAAAACCGCUUUGGCUUUGGACAAAUCUAUUAGUCUUGAAAGAAACUUACCUUUGACUUUUCGUGGAAAGACACCUAAGAAUUCUGCUUCUGCUAUAUUGACGAACAAUCAUGGUCGCCACUUUGAAUCCUUCAGACCUCCUGGUAGUCGAUCCAUGCACUUUCGAUUGACAUUUAAACCUGCUAAUUUCCCUCAAGCUGUAGCUACAUAUCAACGUUGGAUGAAGAUUCUAGUUACCCAUGAUUGGCCACUAUGCUUUGGGAAACCUACGCGUUCCAAAUUAUCUUUUGAUAAUGAACAAGUUUUACCAACACCUCGAACAUCAAAUUCUACUACCAAUACAACUGUAUCAACAUCAUCACUCGAUGCUACUUUGGAUCACAAAUCGGUUGAACAGCAUCAUGCAACAGCAACAACAACAACAACAACAACAACAUCAUCAUCAUCAUCAUCAUCAGAAAGACUUCGGCAACGAAUGAUGAAAAAAGAUGAAAGUGACAAGGAAAAUCAAACCCAAUCCUCACCUCUUGUAACGAGUGAACAAUCAAAGAAUACGGAAACAACAAUAUAUGACAAAACCAUGGAAGAACAAGGAAUAUGUGCAUCCAUAUUAUGGACAAUCUCUGGUGAUGAUCGUGCUGAUGUCGAUACCCCUGAUAUUCCUACUGGUUGGAGAGAUAUAGUUCGUGUGGAACAUAAAUCAAAUAGGAACAAAGAUGAUCUAUGCCAUUCAGUAUACGCCAAACGUCGUUUACCACCAAACACACCUCUUGGAUUUUACUUUGGCACGCCAACUACCGAAGAUGAAUUUGAUGUAUUCAAACAAGUGCAAGGAGCCACUAGGAAAUAUUGUGUCAUGUAUGGACAUACGGUUCUGGAUGCAACAGACGAUCAAGGCAACUUAUUUUUGGAUGAAACUCAAGAAGAUACAAAGAUAUAUUGUCCAUUCCAUUUUAUGCGUCAAGUGAAAACACCUGAUGAUGCCAACAUUCUGUUAUUAAAGGGAAAAAUCGAAAAUCAAGUCAUAUGCUGGACUAAAAGGGAAAUCAACGAAAAUGAAGAGCUUUUGAUAUUCUUAGCUAGUGAAUGA